GUACUCAAUCGGUAGUUGAACAAAAACUGUUUAAAGAGAAAAAGUUGACGCGUCAUGAUCUUGGUCGGGAAGCUUUCAUAGAGCAAGUUUGGAUUUGGCGCAAAAUUCAUGGGGAUCGUAUUUUUGAACAACUGAAAAGACUUGGCGCUUCACUGCAUUGGAAAGAACUGUUCUUUACCAUGGAUGAGCCUAGAUCAAAAGCAGUAACCAACGCGUUUAUAAGACUCUUUGAAGAUGGAAUAGUGUAUAGAGAUACGCGUUUUGUUAAUUGGUGUUGUGCGUUGGAAACAGCCAUUUCUGAUAUUGAAGUAGAUUACCAAACUAUUGAUAAACCCAUGUUUCUUAAAUUACCUCGACGCGAUAAAGGAGUUGAAUUUGGUGUGCUUCAUGAAUUCGCUUACCUCGUCGCGGAUGAUUUGGGAAAUCACCAAGAACUGAUAGUAGCGACUACUAGAAUAGAGACGAUGUUAGGAGAUGUUGCGGUGGCUUCAUUACAUGGAAGAACGAUUAUCCACCCUUUUUCCAAGAAACGGCUACCUAUAGUAUGUGACCCCAUUUUAGUAGAUAAAGAGUUUGGUACAGGGGCUGUGAAGGUCACACCUGGACAUGAUCCCAAUGAUUAUAAAUGUGCUCGUCGACAUGAUCUCCCUAUAAUUAAUAUCUUAAACAAGAACGGAACCUUUAAUGAAAAUUGUGGGGUCUCAGAAUUCACAAAUAAAGAUCGAUUUGAAGUCCGUGAACAGAUAAUAAAUAGACUUUCUGAAUUAGGCCUUUACCGUGGCAAAACUAAUAAUCCGAUGCGUGUCGCUUUGUGCUCAAGAACGGGCGAUAUAAUCGAACCGUUAUUACAGCCACAAUGGUAUAUUCAAUGUAAAGAAAUGGCAGAUAAAGCUCUGCGAGCUGCCGAAAAGGGCGAUAUCAUUUUUAAGCCUAGUUAUCACAUUGAGGAAUGGAAUCGAUGGCUAGAAAAUAUACAAGACUGGUGUAUUUCGCGACAAUUAUGGUGGGGACAUUCGAUUCCCGUCUAUCAGUUAAUCUUUUCCAAUAAUAUUAAGAAUAAAGUUGAAAAUGAUAUAUGGAUUGCCGCUAGUUCAAAAGUUGAUGCUGAAGAACGUGUAAAACAAUAUAUGCGUCAAAAUAACAUUCCCCUUGAUACACAAUAUAGCUUGAAGCAGGGGAAUUAUCCAACCUCGGUGAUCGAGACUGGUUUUGAUAUUCUGUUCUUUUGGGUGGCUCGAAUGACAAUGCUCUGUACAUAUUUCACUGGUAAACCCCCAUUCAAUGAGAUUCUUUUGCAUGCAAUGGUACGCGAUUCUCAAGGUCGGAAAAUGUCAAAAUCUCUCGGGAAUGUAAUUGAUCCGCUUAAUGUUAUCGAUGGCAUCACUCUUGAGAAAAUGCAAGAAGCUUUAUCUGAGAGUAAUCUCGCAACUCACGAAAUUGAGAGAAGCGCCGCACUUUUGUCAAAAGAAUAUCCGAACGGGAUAGAAGCCAAUGGAGCUGAUGCACUUCGAUUUACUUUGGUCUCCUCAACACAUCAAUUCGACCUGUUAAAUCACAAAACAAGUAUUGAAUUGUCAACUUCUGUUGUGGCAUUUGAUGUACCUGAUAAUUUACUUUCUUUGGUGGAUCGAUAUAUUUUAUCGAGAUUGGCUCAUACCGUUUCCCGUUGCGAGCGUGGCUUUAAUGAUCGCGAACUUUAUGAAGCUACGGACGCUAUUCGAAAAUUUAUUUGGGAGGAUCUUUGUGACGUGUACCUCGAGUUCUCUAAGCCCGUGCUUUAUAAUAAUAAAAUUGAGGUUAAUGACCUGCGCCAAAAAAUUACACUUCGUGUUUUGGAGCUUUGUCUCGACUCCUCGCUCCGUCUUUUGCAUCCAUUUAUGCCCUUUAUUUCUGAAGAAUUAUGGCAACAUCUUUGUUUGUUAUCACAGACCAAAUCUCAUCCUGAAAGUAUAAUGCUUGCGAGAUAUCCAAAAUCAAAAGACUAUAUUAUCUUUAGAGACGAAAAGAUCGAGCAAGACAUGCAGACCGUAUUACAAGUAAUUCAUGCCUCUCGCUCGUUACGACAAAGAAACCAUGUGGCUCUUGGUAACAAACUGCCCUUCCUUAUAUGGUCUGACAAGGAUGAUUUGUUGAGCUCCCAAGGACCGAUUUAUAAGUACUUGGACGACAUUAGCUCUUUUAUUGGUGCCUCUUCGAUUGAGAUUAUUGAUGGACGGGACGGAAAUGACAAUGAAUCAUUGCUGAAAAAUUCAGUAGCAAGCUCAAUUACGCCAAAUCUCAAAAUACAUUUACCAAUGAAAACCAUUUCAGAAUUUCGGAAAAAAAGCGGAGGACCAACAGGAUUAGUAUCGAAAGAGGAGCAAAUAAAGAAGUUGAUACAAAAAUUGGAGAAAAUAAAUAAUGACAUUGAAAGUCUCAAUGAAUUACAAAGAAAAUCAGAAUAUAUUGAGAAAGUUCCAAACGUGGCUAAAGAAAAAGAUAGGUAA